AUGGCAGACCCUUGUCGCAUUCUCGUUAUGGCCAGCGGGAACGGCUCGAACUUCCAGGCCCUCAUCGACGCCGUCACUGCCGGCCGGAUCCCAGAUUCCAAAAUCGUCCGCCUGAUUGUGAACCGUGGGAAAGCCUAUGCGACCACGCGAGCAGACCUUGCCGGCAUCCCAUGGGAGUAUUUCAACCUGAUCUCGCACGGCUUUCAGGCCAAGGCCGAAAAGGACCAACAGAAGAUCCAAGAAUCUAGGGAUAGAUAUGACGCGGCGUUGGCGGAGAAGUUGUUGCAAGGUGACUUUAAGCCAGACCUCGUGGUCCUAGCUGGUUGGAUGUAUGUGUUUGGCAAGCAGUUCCUCGACCCCAUCGAGGCUGCGGGCAUCAAAGUCAUCAACCUCCACCCCGCGCUACCAGGAAAAUACGACGGCGCCGGGGCGAUUGAGCGGGCCUUCAACGACUUCAAGGAGGGCAAGCUCGAGAAUAACAAGACAGGCAUUAUGGUUCACUAUGUCAUUGACAAGGUCGAUCGGGGCGAGCCGAUUCUAGUGAAAGAGAUCGAGUGCCGUGCAGGAGAGGAAUUGCAUCAGCUCGAAGAAAGGAUACACGCACAAGAGCACGAGCUGAUUGUCGAGGCCGCCGCAAAGGUAGCCCGGGAGCUUGUGGCCCAAAAGAACAAGACCCAAUAG